AUGGCCUCCUCCCUCGCCCCGAAACCGCGGCCGAGGCCGGCGCACACGACGGGCACGACCCGCCUCGCCUACACGCCCUCGGGCGCCCGCCUCGUCACCGUCGGCUCCAAUAACACGAUCCGCCUGUAUCGCACCCACCACGACGGUGAGCCCUACAACAUCGACGACUGCCCCGAGCAGAACUGCGCCGCCGCCGCCGCCGACGCCUUCUUCGUCGUCGGCUCCGAAGACGGCACUGUCAGCGUCUACUCGGUCGAGGACACGGCCUUUGAGCGCUUCCUCACCCGAACCUCCCUCCCCGUCCGCGACGUCGCCCUCUCCCCGGAUGCCAAGUGGUGCGCCGUCGCUAGCGACGAGCUGACGGUCAAGGUUGUCGACACCCAGGACAACUCGCGCGUCCGCGUGCUCAAGGACCACGGCCGCCCGACCAAGCACCUCGCCUUCGACCCCAGGGGGGGCCUCCUCGCCCUCGCCUGCACCGACGGCGUUAUCUACGUCUACUCCAUGACGGCUGACACCCCCGAGCUGAUUCGCAAGGUGGACGGCGUCAUCGGCCCGCUUGAGUCCGACUCGGAGACAUCGGCCCGCAUCGUGUGGCACCCGGACGGCCGCGCCUUCGCCGUGCCGACCCCCAUGCACGAUGUUCAGGUCGUGUCUAAGAACGACUGGGAGAAGCAGCGGGCCUUCGCCAACGGCCACCUCGGCGACAUUACGGCGCUCGCCUGGUCGCCCAACGGCGCUCUGCUGGCGACGGCCGCCAAGGACGGCAAGCUCCUCAUUUGGGAGACCAAGACGCAGAGCGUCGUGCAAAAGUUCGACUACAGAAACGUCCUCGACCUUGCGUGGCACCCCAAGGACAACCUGUUGUCCUUCACCACCUCCGACGGUGAGGUCUACAUCUACCCGAACCUUAUCACGGAGCAGUUCGCCGCCCUCCUGCAGCUGCCCCGCCAGCCGGCGCCCUUCAUCCACGACCCCCUGACCGAGAACUCCAACAACAAAAGCGCCCGCAGGCCGGACGCCAACGGCGCCAAGGCCUCGAUACCCAGCCGGCCGCGGCGCGACUCGCUGGGCAGCCUCGAUUCGUUCCUCAACGGCGAGGACGGCUACGACGAUGGGGACGACUUCGUCGUCGACGACGACGGCGCGGGCUACGCGACGGGCACCAAGAGGCCGCUCGAGGGCGACGACGCCGGGCGCGCCAGCAAACGCCGCCUGCUCGAGCCGACGUUCCACGAGGCCUUCCAGCCCGGUUCGACGCCCUGGCGCGGCAACCGCAAGUACCUGUGCCUGAACCUCAUCGGCGUCGUCUGGACCGUCGACCAGGAUGGCCACAACACGGUGACGGUGGAGUUCUACGACCACGAGUUCCACCGCGACUUCCACUUCACCGACACGUUCCUCUACGACAAGGCCUGCCUGACGGAGCACGGCGCCCUGUUCGCUUGCCCGCCCCUCAACGGCGCGCCCGCCACCCUCUUCUACCGCCCGCACGAGACGUGGACGCAGCGCGCCGACUGGCGCACGGAGCUGCCCAAGGGAGAGGCCGUCGUCGCCAUGUCGCUGAGCGACUCCUUCAUCACCGUCACCACCACCGCCAACUACGUCCGCAUCUACACCCUCUUCGGCGUCCCCUACCGCGUCUACCGCCCCAAGAGCACUCCCAUGGUCACCUGCGCCAGCUGGCGCGACUACGUCAUCACGAUGGGCAACGGCGCUGUCGGCGCCGACGGCAACGCCCGCCUGCUCUACACUAUCGAGAACGUCAAGCGGGACGAGAUUUGCCAAAACGAAGAUACCGUUGCACUGCCAGAUGGCGCGACGUUGCAGAGCGUCUUCUUUUCGGAUGUUGGCGAUCCUUGCAUCUAUGAUUCGACGGGCACACUCCUCACGCUGCUCCACUGGCGGAAGCCCUCCCGCGCCUGCUGGGUUCCCCUCCUUGACACGAAGCUUCUGCCGCGUCUGGCAUCGGGGAGGAAGAAGGAAACUUACUGGCCCAUUGCGGUGGCCGACAACAAGUUCCACUGCAUCAUCCUCAAGGGCGGGGACCAAUACCCCUAUUUCCCCCGGCCUCUCCUGUCCGAGUUCGACUUCUCCGUGCCCCUCACCUCGGCGCCGGCACCGGACGUGGACUCUGCCGGGCAAGAAGAAGAAGAAGACGACGACGACGCAGGUCGCCGCGAAUCGCGCAAGCUGGAACAGAAGCUCUUGCUGUCCGGCAUCCACUCGGCCCAGCUGCGCGACCUCAUCGACCACACCGACGCCACGCACUCGCAGCGUGCCGGCCUGGCGCGCCUCGAGCUCGACUUUGACAAGACGCUGCUCCAGAUGCUGGCCAUCGAGUGCCGCGAGGGCGAAGAGCGCGGCAUGAGGGCGCUGGAGCUGGUGAACCUCAUGCGCGACCGAACAGGCCGCAUGGUCGAGGCGGCGGGCAAGGUCGCCGAGCGGUACGGGCGAUCGAUCCUGGGCGACAAGAUCCGCGAGAUCGGGGAGCGGAGAGUCAGUGGUAUGGACGUCGACGACGGCGACUUUUAG